AUGUAUGAAAUUUGUGAUAGAUGGGUUCCCGCAUAUACGAAUCACAUGUUUUCUGCCCACAUGACUAGUAGUCAACAGGCUAAAAUUUCUCAUUCGUUUUUCAAGAGGUAUGUGUCCAAAGAAAAUUCAAUGAUGGAUUUUGUGACGCGAUUCAAUAGGGCACUUGCCAAAGUCCGACAUAAUGAAUUGAAUUUGGACCAUAAAGAUGUAAAUGAGAAGCCUCUCUUGAAAACCUCGUGGGCAAUGGAAAAGAAAAUGCGUGAAAUAUAUACAUGGAGCAUAUUUGAGAGGUUUCAAGAGGAGAUCUUUCAAAUUAAUGCUUGUAAGUUGUUUGAAUUUGAUGGAAUUCCAUGUCGGCACCUGUUGGCGUACCUUUUUAGAAUGCAAAUUAGGGAACUCCCUAGUGAAUAUAUCUUGCAUAGGUGGACGAAAACAGCAAAAGCGGGCAAGGUGAUGGAUGACUUAGGUAGUGGUGUGAAAGAAAUAUGUAACAGUUCACUUCUUGUGAGGCGACAAGGUCUCUUCCAACUUGUUUGUACAGUUAUCGAUGAUGCUAUAUUAGAUGAAGAAAAAAGUGAAGUUGUGCGAGAAGCUUUGGAAUCUAGUCAAAUGAAGAUUGCAUUGAUGAGGAGUUCUCGCCAAGAUGGUUCAACGAAUCGUAUCCAAGUGCCGCCUUCUCUCGGAAGCCAACAUAGUUUGAAAGAACCACUUCAAGUCAGGGCAAAGGGUUGUGGUAAGCGUUUGAAAGGAAGAAAAGAGAAGGCCGUCAACAAGAUGAGGAAAUGUAAUGGUUAUGGAUCUUCACAAGAUGUUAGGUUGAGUGAUGACGAGGAUGAUGACAAGGAUGACGUUGACGAUGAGUAUUCAUCAAAAUGUACAUUUGGAAGGCCCGCGAGAUGUAAUACUGUGGCUGCAGUGGUUUCUAUUGCCAUAGAAUAA